GUAGUAUUUUCAAAAUUUGGGGUAGCUGUUGGUAUACCUGUUAAUUUUACCUACAAAUCCUUGGAAGAUUUGGAGAAAGAUAAUAUCAUGGUAAAUCAAAAACCAGUUGACUGGACAUCAGAAACAGGAAAAAAAUUGGCUGAUGCUCUAAUACUUCCAGAGAAAGUACAGGAGUUUGCAAUUUGUAGAGAAAUAAUGAUGACACAAAACAACAAAGUUAUUUAUGAAUCAGCAUAUCCAUUUGCAUGCUUAUUUUUUGCUUACAAUGCUUCCUUAUACCUCAACAAGAGAUUGAACUUAUAUAUGGCACCACCUCUUGCUAGAGGGGUCUUGUACUCAAUAAUUGGCAUGUUUUCAACUGGUGUCUAUUUUCUCAUGAAAGAUAUGACUGAAGUUCAUUAUGAAUCCGACACUGAUAAGCGAUUGUGUGAGUUAGGUCCUGAAUAUGUUGAGUAUGGAAAAAUAUUUUAUGAAAAAAUAUUACAGAGAAACCAAGCUCUCAGAGAAUUAAUGGGUGAAGGGGAAAAGAAGUAUAGUAAACUAGGGAACGAAAAUUUUGGAAUCAGGCAACCCCGAAUUGCGUUAAUUCAUAGGAAACAGUUCUUUGAAAAUAAAUUGAAAGAAUUACAAGGUUUAACUGAUCCUGAAAUCGCAGAAUAAGUCGCUGAGUUGUAAAUGUAUUUAUAAUUUGUUUUAGUGUUAAAUGUCCAAAAUAGUAAAUAGUAUAUAAUAAAUGUUAAAUGUUU